GACCAAAGCUUGGUCUGAAUAAAAUUGCAGCCUAUGUUGGCUGUGGUAAAGUGACAGUUGAUAGAUGGCUCUGUAGAUACUACCAAACCAAGGACCUUAAUAGCAAAAAAAGGCCUGGUCCAAAACGUGCCACAACCACCACCCAAGACCGCAAGAUUCAAGGUAUAAACAUUAGUGCAAGAACAAUUAGACGGCAUCUUGUUGAGGCUGGAGGACAUUUUGCAUCUGGUCUUUCAAAACUACUACUCACUGCAAAGCAUCAAAUCAAACGCUUGAAUAUAAACAAAGGGUGUAGCAGUUCAAAGAACAUUGAAAAGUAUUUCGUUCUGUUAAGCAUCCUCAGAAGGUGCAUGUGUAGGGCUGUUUUUCUUGUCAGAGGUUUGAAGUUUUUUGGUGAAGAUAAUAAGAGCUGGAUUCUUCAAGAGGAUAAUGACCCAAAACAUCGUUCAAUAAUUGCAAAAGACUAG